AUGUUGCCCAAAGUGGACUCCGAUGAGGAGCGGCACAACAAGAAAAGUCAGCAACUGCUGGACAGGAUUGGAGACAUCUCCAUGUUGGACAGGGCGCAGGACCUGAAUGUAAUUGUGGAUCCAUGCAGAAGAAUCGAAGCCUACAAUGAGAGCGUAUGGCAUCGUGCUGUGCACGUCUGGGUCUUCGACAUAGAGGGUGGCCGCUUUCUCAUCCAGCAACGCUCGCCGAAGAAGCGACACUUUGGUGGCAAGUGGAACUGUUCCACAGGCCACAUCAAGAUGGGUGAUCCCGCUCUUCCGACGGCCAUGAAAUCUGUGAAGGAUGAUGUUGGCAUCCAGGAUGUUGAAGAGGUAGACUUCGAAUAUUUGUUCCAGGCAGCGCCCUGCAUGAACGAGGCACGCGCGAUGCUCGAUGCCCUCAUGGGUCCUCAACGAGAUGUAGGCAAAAAAGGCAAACAGCUGUCAGAUGACUGGAAAGACAAGACUGUUUGCAAAAGCUUUUUGGUUGGUUUGUGCCCCUACGACAAGGCCGUGCUUGGUGGAAUCCAGAAACGCGAUUUGAGGAUGUGCUCGAAGAUACACUCCGACAUCAUUCGGGACCGAUUUGUUCAGCACGCAGAUGGUGCAGAGCAGAGCGAGACGCGAAUGGAAUAUGAGGACGAGUGCUUCAAUCAAUGCGAGGAAGUGUUGGCAGAGUUCGAGACCUUCAGCCGCAAAGAGUUGGAGCGCCUCAAGGACGACCCGAGGCGACGGGUGCUGUCAGAGGAGGUGGCCGAGAAGCUCAAAGCAAUGAGGGAAGAGGCAGCAUUCAAGACAAAGCGAUCAGAAGAUCUGGAUGCAAUGGCGUUGACUACUGGGGGCUACAACAACAUGUCAUCAACACUUCGUCGGCAAGCUCGCGAGCUUAGUGCAGAAGCUGACUCGCUGCAAAAGCUUGAGAUGCGGAAGUCGGCGGAGAAGCUGCAGCCGCAAGCGUGUGAGGUUUGUGGCAUGGGGUACCUGGACGAGGAGGAGUACAAAGCACAUUUGACUUUUCGCGUGCAUGAAGGCUACCAGCAAGUUCGUGACAAGUAUGAGGAACUCGAGAAGAAGCGUGCACAAAGGGCCCGUAAAUCCAAGGCUCGGGCGAAAAGCCAGCCGCAGCCAAGUACAAGCCAAGAACCUCCAAAACGAGCUGCCCAUGCCGCUAAUGGCGAGAAAUCGGUGCGCGGAGAGGAGCGCGAUCUCGGGCAAGCUGCCAGCCGCGAGAGACAGGAGAGGAGAACCUCCCGUGGCAAGAUCCGGACCGAGGAAGCAGGACAGGUUCGAAAGAGAAGGAGAAUAUCUUCCAGCCGACAUGUCCGCAGCGAGAGAGAGCAGAGAAGACGAGGAAGACGCCGAAGAGAAGAUUAUGCAAGUGACUUUGGCGACUACACUGAAUACGAAGACGACUAUGAAGAUGACGACUACAAUGGCGACAGGGAAGAUCGGUACGAAAGACGCCACCGGCACACACGGCAUCGAAGGCAGCACACCAGCACAUUUCGCGAUUCGCGAAGAGGGUCGCAGAGACAUCGGCGCUAG